AUGUCUGAAAUCGAUUUGUCGAAGACUUCGGAAUCUUCUACGGAGAAUUCGAAAUCAAAAUUCAACCCGGCAUGUGAGGAUAUCGAGGGAAAGCUCAGAUGUCUCGAAACAUUGUUGGAACAUCCGGAAGCCACUCGUCCAGAACUAGCCAUUCCAAUCCGUCACCUCGACUUGUUUCUCCGUGCAUGUCUUCAUUUUUAUACCAUUCCAAAGUCCAAAAAGAUCAAGGAGCGAAUUGAAUUGAUCAAGAAGGCGUGCCAAUUCCUCGAAGACGUUCUGAUUCGCGUCAUCGUUGGUGGAGAGCAACUGGGCAAGGCUAUCAAGAGAAUCGGUCCAUGGUCUGAUCCAAAAUUUUCAUUCAAGGUCGACUGCGAAUGCAAUGGAUUCCCAUCGUGCUGCUAUAUUAAGAAUUUGUGA